AUGCAAAAAGGGAUACAUGAGGGCCAAGAGCAAGCAGAACGGGCAAUUCAGACGACUCAGUUCCUCUCAGAGACACUUGUCGAUAUUGCGAAGCGUGGCUUUCAUCCUCCACACCUUCAUCUUCGCACCCAUCAAUCUCACUCAUUUCGACUUCGCCAUUCAAGACUUGCUGCGCAGGUUGCAGACAGACGGGGAGCUGGAUUGGGUACAGAGGCGGGGUCUACGGGCAGUGCAUCUGACCUUCCCCUACCUGACUUCGAAGUGCGCUGUCUCGGGCCUUGGACCUCCACCACAGCGGACGGUCGGCAGGAUGUAGCCCACUGGAAACAAGGGACCACCCAACACCUUCUGUCCACCUCACCUCAGCUCGCCUUCACCACUCGCCGUCGGCUAGGAGACAGACAAAUCACGCUGGAAAGCAGAAACACUGAGAAAAGGACGUCUGCCAUUGAAGCCAAAUCAAUCAUCUCCCGGCGUGGAGCCAAUUUUCCGCUGCAAAUCAAUCAAACGUCCAUCACCCAUCAAUCACGCAAGCCAGGAGAAUUGCCAACAACCUCUUCAAUGCCCUCCAUCUCCAACCUCGCAAGGGCGAUCCUCCCAGCUUCUAUAAGUGCCCUUCAGAAGUUGGCCUCUUCUCCAGUCCAGCACAACCGUUCGCGCUCCCAGGGGGUUUCCACCUGCGCCUUCUACGGGCACCAAAUCGUCAAAGGAUUUCACUACAGACCGAGUGGUCGCCAAAGAUUCCGCACUUCUACAAGUCAAUCUCACAUCAACACUCCAUACACAAACCAUACACGCAGCCUUGCCAUACCCAUGCCGUUCCUGAUUGCUAACCAACUUUUACAGUCCUCUCCAGGCAAGAGAAAACACGAUCGCCCUCCAUCAUUCCCCUACCAUCAGAAUUCUGUGUCUUCGGCGCAUUCACCACACCACAAUCCCUGCCACCUCGACGCAUUCAGACUAGUGCAUUCCAUCCCUCACCCGCUGCCACAUCAAGGUAAGCUGCAAGCUCACGGCCGUGCGUCUUCUUCCACAACGGAGGAAGAGGCCGAUAUAAUGCAAAACUGGCAACAAAAUGGCCAGACGGGUUCUGCUCAAGGUCACAAUAAUAUGUGGUCGGGCUCAUAUGCGUUCCCUGAUGGAUCCAACCAGUUCGAUGCCACCCAAAAUUGGCAGCAUCAAAUCCCUAACCAAAAUGCUUUCCCACAACUUGCCCCACGGGGCGGAGGCAACACCAACGAGAAUAAUCUCUAUGCUUCACCACAUCAAGGCCAUGCUGCUGUAGCCAACGACCACAACGGCAUGUCAACAUUGAACCACAGCAAUUUCCAUGGUGGCCAUGGCCAAUUUUCUCUUGACACUGCUUACACAGACGCUGGCCAAGAAGACACUUUGGCUAGUCUAAGUGAAUUUUCCCAAGACUUAUACGGCCAGCCAAGCAAAGCCGAUUUCAACAACGCCAACAUCGACAACCUCAACCAUGGUCAUACGCCUGACUUUACACAGCAACAAUUUCAGUACAACGGCCAGGCCAACCAGCUGUUCAACGGAAAUGUUCCCCAAUAUACCGAGGCUCAACUCAUGCCUCAGCAUGGUCACCAGUCCCAGGCACAACUACAGCAGCGCUUCGACUCUGUUCCCCAGUCUUUCUCACCCGCCCCUCAGAGCUAUGUUCCAUCACCUCAACAACAUCAGGCCCAGCCUGAGAGAGUCUUUUCUCAAUCACCUCAUCCCUUUCAGGGGCAGCCGCCUCGUCAACAGAACAGCCAGGGAUUUUCCACUCAGACGCCUCCGCCAUCUUUCCAACAAACCCAACCGCCGCAAUAUCAGCAGAGCAAGUUUGUCCCUCAGCAAAUGUCCUAUGCUCAGCCUGUAGCAAGAUCGCCUUUUCAGCCCGUUGCUGCAAGGCAAAUGCCUAGUCAGGACUCGGCACCUCAGCCAUCCCCACAGCCCCAGCAACAGCAGCCUAUACAUCAGGCCAAUUCAGUACCUUCACCAGCACCAGCUCGUCAACUUCAGCCACAACAGCCGCAACCGCAGCAGCAGCAGCAGCAGCACAAUCAGCAACAGCAUCAUCAGUUGCAGCCAUCACAACCCCAGCUCAUCGCUGCAGCACCCGCUUCUCAACCCGGGACGCCUAUCAUUGACCCUGCACUGCAACCUGAGCCGACGCCGCAGAAGAAGCGCAAGCGUGUUGUCAAGAAGGAGCCUGAACCUGAACAAGCCGACUCUCCUGGCGAUGCGACCGUUAAGAAGGGAGAAGAUGGAGAAACACUGGUCUUGCCUUCUAGUACCGAGGAGGAAAUGGCUCUUCUGGCACAAUUCAAGAAACGCAACGCCACAUCCAAGAAGCAAUUCCCUCCAAUCCCCGGAGCUUCGUAUCUUGUUGCUACUGGCUCAGCCAAGUUGAUCCCGCCCAAGAGUUACGACCGACUCGCGCCUCUGGUCGCGUUGCCAUCGCCCAAUGGAAGACGCAUUUUGCCCGAACUCCGUCCCGAUCUUCCAUGCGAGAUUCAAGGGAGAUUCAUGGAAAAUUACAGGCCAUCCCCGAACUUUGUCGGAAAGCCGGAUGACCGCGAGACAGAGGCAAGACCCCUCAUCGAGCAGUAUCAACGUGAGAUGACGAGCUUGGGUGUUCGGCGGCCUAAGUACGCCGACUACCCCUUCGCCUUCCAGGAGCAGCUCAAGGCCGACGAGGCCGCCAAAUCUAAAGCCCAGAGAAAAGCUCGUAAGGAAGAGGAAGAAGAACGCAAGAAGCCCAUCCGUCCUGAAAAGCGGCCCACAGAUCCCAUUGAGGGUGCUGUUUGGGACAUCCUCGGCAUUGUCUACAUUGAUCCUUCCGCGACCAGAACGAAUGCGCUCAUUGCUGGCGCCGUUCAGUCUCUGGGUGAGUUUUUUAUCAAGCUGAGAUCAGAAACGAACCGUUUGAAGCAGGAACUCGACCAAGCAACCAAGGAGAAGAAGCCUGAGAAGGAAAUUUCAGAGUGGAAUAGAAAGCUCGACAUCAAGAAGGAGACCUUCACUCGAGUUUGUGAAGCGGCAGCUAAGCACGGCGAUGAGGCCGUGCUGGAGAACUUUGGCGGCCAUCAGAAGGGUAUCUUGAGUCUGGUCAACAUGUUGAUAGGCGCCAUAAAGGCUGGGGAUUUCAGCGGACCUCUGCCCAAGGCCCUUCUUCGAUUCAUGUCGAACAUCAGCAUGUUCAAGAAAGUUACGGAGGCUGUCAACUUUGAGAACGUGCGGAAGCGCCUUGCUGACAAGGGCGAUGCUGAGGUCAAGGAAUUGGUCCGUACGAUAGCGUCGAGGAUUAAGAAAGACACAGAAACAGCCAAUGGGGUCGACAUCAAGAAGACAACGCCGGCUGCUCCUGUCAGCAAAGUCAUCAAGCCGGCCGCCAAGCCUAUUGAUGGCUCUCCUGCCAAGAGAGUCCGUGAUGAAGACACCGACUCUCGCGUCACCAAGAAGAUAGCCGUCGAGUCAACAACUGGCGGCAUGCUAGGCAACAAAAUCGGUGCCAAGUCCACAGGCGGAACUCUGUUAUCCAAGUUUGGUGCUGGUGCAAAGCGGCCAGCGACUACUCUUGCUAACAAAAUUCGGGCACCUAAGCCAGUUGGGACAAGAGACGCUCCCAAGGGCGAGCCUUCGAAAUCCGACGGACCCAUCACGACCACGCCCAUGGAUAUCGAUAAGAGGCCAGCAGCGUCCGCGGCUAAGCCCGAGUCGAGGGUGUCUGCUGUCAAAGCUGCUAUCUCCAGCGGCUCCUCCUUGUCCAGCAUUGCCUCUCUACUUGACUCCAUCACCGCGCCUAAGCCAGACGGCCCCUCAACACAGGCGAAGGACUCGAGCAAGAAAGAAAUUUCGGAGACACCCGAACAGAAGGCAAAGCGACUUCGCAAAGAGGCCCGCCGUCAUCUACGUGUCAGCUUCAAGCCCCCUGAAGAGCUGGUCGAGAUUCGUAUUUUCACCAAAGAAGUCGCUGAAGGCGAGGAUAAUAUGACCAAGGACGCGGCGGAUGACCGAUCUGAGGGAAUGAUGCUCAAGCAGCGUAAUUACAAUGAGGACGAUGACGAGGAGGACGAGUUGCCAGAGAAGCCCUGGACCAUGCCGGCUCUCGCCGACCUUUCUGGAAUCCCCGAAGACAUUCGCAACAAGUCUUAUGUUACUCGUGGUGGCAACGUGACUUUCCAUACGGAGGAACAGAAGGCCAUAGAGGAGCGGGAGAAGAAGGAGCUAAUGGUUACCUACAUGGAUAUUUCAGACAUUCCGCCUACGCCAAAGUCUCCUGCCCCCGAGUCCGCGACACCCGUCAGCAGCCCCGAGGGCAAAGUCUAUCAGCUGCCGCAGGGUGAGCCGAAAUACGACGAGAUCCACAAGCGCUGGAAGGAGACACAGACGUUUGGGUGGGAAGCGGCACAAUACUAUGCUCGCAAGCGUCUCGAUGCCAAGGACGACCCUGGUGCAAAGCUCAACUCAAUUCUGGGCAACCUCAAGCCAAUUGCCCCAGCCGUCGAGCCCGAGCCGUACAACAUGACACCGCCCAAGGAGAACGCGCAGCCAAUUAUUCCUUCCGCAGCGGAAAUGCAACCUGUUCCGGCAAUUCCUUUCGACGACAAAGUCAACAGUAUUCUGACAUCGGACGAGGUACAGAACUGGCGGGACUCCAACCCUUUCAGCUCGGCUGCCCCCCAGACUCAUCGACGCUACGAUUAUCCCGAUCCAACCAUUCAAGCAGCCGCCGACCAGGUCGAGGAGGCGGCCGAGACUUUGCGAGGACUGCCGUACCCGGCGACUAGUCCACCAGCAUACUUGGCGAACAACCAGGAGAGAACGAGGGAGUGGUGGGCCGGAUACCAAAAGGAUGUUACGACAAGAGCCAAGAAGGAGGCCGAGGAUGCAGCUCGCAACGCGCCCCAGACCGAGGCUCAGGCUCAGCAGCCCGCGGCGCCUGAAACUCAAGAACAACAGUGGGCAGCUUAUUAUCAGCAACAGCAACAGUACGCCCAGUACAUGGCCAUGCUACAGGGUGGGCAACCUCAGCAACCGGCUCAACCAGCACCUGCCCCGGCUCCCGCUGCACAGCCUGCACAGGACUUCCAGCUUCAAGCGAUGCUCGCCCAAAUGGGACAACAGCAGCCAGCAUCACAAGGCAACCAAUAUGGCCUCAAUCCAUCAGAUACUGGUUAUCAGCAGCUGAUGAUGCUCGCGCAGCUUCAGCAACAGCAACAGCCUCAGCAGCAGCAACAGCAAGCAUCGCCUCCGCCAGCAGCUCCACAGUCUCCGCCUGACCACGAUGCGAACUCGUACAAGCCUCCUCCUCACCUUCAGCGCCAGCUCGUAGACUACAGUGACCAGAACAGCAGAGACGAGUUCGAGCAUCACGGUGUACGCGAGCGGGAUAGGGACCGCGGCCGUGAUCGUGAAGGGAAGGGUAGCAAGCAAAGCAAAGGCCGCAAGGGCAACGCUCCUGGCGGUGCCACGCUGGCUCCUCAUCGCCCUGUCAAUCGUGCCCUCAUCGGCACCAAGCCUUGCAGCUUUUGGCAGCAGGGCAAGUGCGCUAGAGGCGAGAAGUGCACUUUCAGGCACGACAACUAG